GGUGCGCGCACUGCAUUCCUUAAAGCAAAGUGAAAUGUGAAGUAAUUCAGUCAACAACGGUGUAAAAACUGCACAGAGGGCAGAAUGUUAACGCUCACGUGUCUCUGUUUUCAACCAUGGAUAAAGUUUUAUUAAUCGCGUUGUGUCUGCUUUUGGGAAGGACUUCAGGUGAAGGACUGCCUGAGCCCCAGAAUGUCCAUUUCUACUCAUUGAACCUUGGAACCAGGGUGAGAUGGACACCAGGAGAUGGAGCUCUCAAUGGAACUCUCUACACUGUGGAAUAUGCCAUUUAUGGCGAUGCAGAGGAGAGCAACAGUGAGCAGGUGAGAUGGAGGCGGGUAAAGCAGUGCACGUCCAUCACACAGACAGAAUGUGAUGUGUCUCGGGAGAUGUAUAACCUGCUGGAGGAGUACUAUGCCAGAGUCAGGGCUAUCAGCCCACACACACAAUCCCUCUGGACCGAGAGUGAAUCCAGGUUCAGACCCAUGUUUGACACGAUUCUUGGACCUCCACUGGUGGAAGUGACUGUGGUGGAAAACUACGUGAAUAUCACCAUAAAGGGUCCUUUCAGGAAAACUAAGAGGUCAAAGAAAGACAAAUGCCUGUGGAAAAUCUUCCCGCACAUGAUCUAUAAUGUCUCUGUUUACAACAGCAAGAGCAAACACACGCAAUACUUCCUUCUUAAAAAUGGUAACUUGACUCUGGGCCCUCUGGAAUUCUCCACACAUCUCUGCAUUGUGGCUCAGGCACAGUCCCAGUCCUUCCCUUUGGCCAGCAAACCCAGUGAACGGAUGUGUGCUGAGACACCCAAAGAUACAUUUAAAGAUCAGCUGCUGACGGCCAUGCUGGGAGGUGUGUUACCAUCUGCCCUCUGUCUGUGUAUACUCACUGUACUGGGCGGCUUCAUUCACUGCUACAUCAAUGACCACAGACAGACCCUUCCCAAGAGCACGGAUAUGGUGCAUGCAAGUGAAAACCUUCAAACUUUCCAACCUGAAAGGCCCCCAACAAUCAACCUCAACCUGAUUGGAAUGGGUGGGAUCAGAGUAGAAUCCAAACUGAUCUCUCCUGCCACUCUGCUGCAGCCCGACUCUGGGGAAGGUUCCUCAGUUGGCAAUGCCCAGGCCCUGCCUCUGCCCGCUGCAGUACAGCUGCCUGUGUCUUAUGCACAGCAGCAUGUGCCAGCGCCGAGCAGUUCUAGUGCAGUUUCAGCAGACUGGCAGGUCGGACACUCUGCAAGUGAUGACUCUGACCUGCAGCCGUGGCCACAGGAGCGCAGUCAUGACGCAGCUGGAGAUUACGGCAUUGUACUGCCAGCCACGCUUAAAACAGAGGGCCCUUGUGGUGCUGAGGUUAAUCUUUACAGGACACAAGGCAAGAUGAUAGAGCCCAGACAGCCACAGGAUGAAAAGAAUGAAGAAGAAGCACAAACAUUUUUGGAUUGGAGUCCCACGUCUUGUGAACUGAAGAUCCCUCUGAUGGGGUUGUUAGGCUUAGAGGACGAGGCACAGAUCGAGACUGAAGUGGUGAGAGAUGAAGUUCCACUGCUGCCUAAUGUCAUACUGAGACAGUUCUCAGAGGAGAGCUCAGAGCAGGAGGACGACUUCACCAAAAUGGAGAAAAACUGGGGCCUUGUUAUCCACAGUAACCCAGAAUAAAUGAUAUCAGUAGAGAUCCAGCAGGAAAAAUCCCAUUCAUUUUCUCCAUAGAGAAACUGAUUUUGAGUAAUAAUUGGGGUUGAGUAAUAACAUGUUAAUUUUGUGCAAUUAAAUAUAUAAAAAAUAACGUAUUAGAAAAUUUUAUGCAAUUAAUCAUGCUCCAAACCAGCAAAUAAAUUCCGUAAUAAAGAAUGUUCCAACCAUCAGAGCAAUUCAAGCUUGAUGUACCACCAUGAUGCAGUAGGGGGCAAUCAGCGCGACUCUGUCAGCUGUACAGUCAUCACAACGAGAGCAACAGGCAGCAAAGCCUUGCACAGGUGACACACUCUUGUGCUCAAAGACAGCUGGGCCGAGCACAAGGGAAGGCAGGGAUCACGAGACGUGUUUUUACACUAUGUUUAGCUUUAAACAGCAUCCUAAAAACACAAACCUUGUGACUAAUGAGACGCGACGCAAUGAAAAAUGAGAUGCUCCGUCCAUCUGAUGCAUGAGUACACAGACCAACAAUUAAAAAUAGUGCAGAUGGAAUUAGGCCAAUAAUAAGGUUAUGAUCAAUGAUAUGGAAAUAAAUCAAACAAUAUUUUCCAUUUCAAAGACUUCUUUUUUUAUUGACUCAAUGUGUGCUGCCACAAAAUAUGUAUAUUAUAUAAUGUAUUUCAUUUAUAAUAUUUAUUAUGUUAGGUUAUAUUUGUAAUUAUGUUAAUUAUUGUAUACUAAAUUAUCUUUAUUUG